AUGGCGUCCCAAGAACAAAAUAUGCCAUUCAUCAAAAACCUGGCCUCCAGCGACCGCAAGCUCCGGACCCAGGCCCUGACCUCGCUCCAGACCUUCCUCGGCUCCCACCGUGCCCUCAGCCGCCUCGACUCCCUCAAGCUCUGGAAGGGCCUCUUCUACGCCAUGUGGAUGUGCGACCGCCCCGUGCCCCAGCAGAACCUCGCCGCCGAGCUCGCCGCCCUGACCGCCUGCCUGCGCGACGACGACGUGCCCGCCUGGCUCUCCGCCUUCUGGGAGACCAUGGCCCGCCAGUGGACCGACAUCGACGUCCUCCGCAUGGAGAAGUUCCUCCUCCUCGUCCGCCGCACCUUCGCCGCCGGCCUGCGCUGGGUCCUCGACGCCGACUGCGCCCCCGCCCGCGCCGACGCCCUGCUCGCCGUCUGCGCCGAGUUCCCCUUCGAGCUCGAGGGCGACCUGCGCAAGGUCCCCGUCGGCCUGCGCCUGCACGCCGUCGACAUCUGGGUCGACGAGCUCGAGCGCCUCGGCAUGCUCGCCGGGGACGCCGCCGACGAAAAGACCGUCGCCUUCGCGCGGAGGCUGAGCCAGCUCGUCGAGCCGCUCAAGAGGUCGCCCGUCAAGACGGUGCGCGCAAAGGCCGCCGACGCCGUCGAGGACGAGAGGCUGCCGUGGGUCGAGGGCAAGGCCGACGAGGACGCGACGGCGACACCGGUGGCGGGCGGCGGCAACGACGACGAGUGGGGCGGCAUCGACGAAAAAUAG